CAGGCCUGGCGCGCACCCCAGCGGCGCGAGCGGAAGAGCAGGAGCUUCGUGGAGGCGGCGGAAGCAGAGCGCGACGGCGUCCCCGGUGAGACUGCUGUUUAUUGGAGGGAAACCUUUGUACCAUUUGCCUUCAGAUAAAAUCUGUCUGCAUGUUCUAGAGUUUUAUUAUUUAAAAAAUAAAUGUCAUUUAUUUGGUAUGUGUGUAUGGUUUUGCUACAAAAAGAAGUCAGUCUUCUAAAGACAGAUACUGAGGUACCUAAGGAUAAAAUGAAAUGAUAUUCGGGACUUACUUUAAUCCAUUGAGGGUGAAGACGUAUGCACAGAUAACAUGAAGAAACACUGGCUCUGAAAUGGAAGCUGAGUAAUGGAUUACUUACUUAUGAAGAUGGGACAGAGACGUACUUACAGGAAGUAACUGAUUAUUUUCUCUCAAGGAAUAUUUGAAACUUUAGAAGCAAUUGGACAGGUCCUCACAAAUGAAAUGAUUAUUCACUUCAGCAAAGAAGUUACUCACAUUGUUGACAUUAUUGAUGUGAGUGAAAAUAUCAACCAGUCCUCUGAAUUACAUGUGGAUAGCUGGUUGCUGAACAUUUACCAGCACGUUGUUGGUCAUGGCAUAAUUGAGUUUGGCUUUGAUUGAGGUGGUGCCAUGCAGCAAGCAGCAGAGAGAUGCAGGGUUCGAGCCAGAAGGCCUGACAUGGCACUUUAUGUACCGAAAGCUCGGAGGGGUGUGGUGCUGCUUAAGUCACGUGGUGAGGAAAAAGGCUCUGGGCCACCUAACUCUGUGGUGAAGGAAGAACAAAAAGAAGAUUGUCUCUUCCAAAAGGAGAUCUUUAGAGACAGAUCUCAGACUCAAAGACUAAGCAGUAAUCCUGAUGAUAAAGAACACAACCAUAGGGAAGGAAAGAAAUUUCCAACAAAAUUAAGAAAAGACACAUGCCUUCAAGAAAGGAAGAAAGAUAGGGUUUGUGUUAAGAGGGGAACCACAGAAUCCAAAGAAGCAUUAUCCCAAGGACAUCAGCAAAGCAUCCCAAGUCCUGGGAUGCUGCCUAGUGCACCUUUACAAAGACACAUUAAACCAGAGAAGGUGGAGUGUUUGGAGGUUGAAACCACAGAUGUGAUAGGACAUGGGAAAUUGUUUCCAUCUCAGUCUUGUUCAGAAAUAGAUGAGGCCCAGGUUCUAAACAAACCAUUCCAAAAUGUGGAAUUCUGUGAUUUGAGUAGGCACGAAUUAAGUGGCAAAACAUUUGAAGGCAGAGACUUGGAAAGCAGAAUUGAAACUAAUGUCAAGGUUGUGGAGAUAGUAUCCCAGUUUCCUGGCAUUUUUAAUUCUGUAUUGAAACCUGAGAGUAUGGCCAUACCAGUAGAACUAAGUUCCAAUUCUGAGGCUGUACAAGAAAGCAUGCAAACGUCGUGUGGAAUGUUGAGUCUCAGCAGUGGAGGCACCACUGCCGUUUCAGUUCCUGGAAGUGUGGAUGCUGUCACUGGUCACACUUGUGGAGACUGUGAAGCUGAGAAUGUUGGUGAUGUAGCCAACAAUACAGAUAUUAUCUUGGGUCAGAGAGGUAUAGAUUCCAUUCCUGAGACUUUGGGUCACGUCUCCCAUAAAAUGACUAUAGUCAGCAAAUCAGAGAGUAUAAAUGGCAUUUUUGAUCCGGCAGUGAUUAGAGAGUAUGAGAAGAAUGACAGCACUGCUGAUGACUUUUGUAUAAAGUAUGAACCUUCUGGUACAGCUGUCCUUGCUCAUGAAACAGAUACAGAUAAUGGGCUGAAGAGUGUAGGUGACAUUACCAAUAAGGCGUGUAAGAUGGACAUUACGGAUGUCCUGUCUGAUCAAAUAACUGUGGGCAGCCCUUGUGUGGUUGCAGUUAGAACAGCUAGUGAGGUCUGUAGCAACACAAGUAGUUUCUCAGAAUAUUUAGAAAUGAGUGCGGAUAAAGCCCCUCUUCAUGUAGUUGGAAGUGGGAAGGACAUAGAAACUUUCAGCAACCGGACUGCUUGCUCAGAUAUUUAUGCUGAGAGUAUUUCAUCUAGUUUCACAGAGUCAACAGGAAAGUUGAUAGAGAGCUUGUCAGAUUGUGCUUCCUCCUUACCUAUAAAGAAGAUUACUGGUAGUAAUUGUAGCACUUUUUUGGACUCUGAACUCAGUAUGUUAAAUGGGACAAAAGUACUUUCAGACAGUGCCUUGGGCAAUGAUCUAGAUUGUACGGGUGAUGUAACAGAGGCAUUGCAUGAACUAAAAACUGCUGAAGAGUUCAAAACAAAAGAGGAAGAUAACUCAGAGAAUGUAGAAUUUGGUGUAUCCUUUCCUGGUACGGGAUCUGUAUCUAUGGAAACAUCUAUGGAAUUGAAAGCAAUGGAAACGGAAACGGAAACGUCUCAUGUGGAGGGAAGUGCUGCUACUGCGGACAGCUGGGAGUCUCUGUUUAAUGAUGAUGGUGACUGCCUGGACCCGCGUCUUCUACAAGAGUUAUCGGGGAAUAUGAAGAAUAGAGAAAGCAUCCAGGAAUCUAGAUUUGAUUAUUACAACCAUGAAGUUUCUGAUAUUGACCUCAGUGAUUGUGAAUUUCCACAUGUCAUUGAAAUUUAUGACUUUCCCCGAGAAUUUCGUACUGAAGACCUCCUACGUGUUUUCUGCAGUUAUCAAAAGAAAGGAUUUGAUAUUAAAUGGGUGGAUGAUACACAUGCCCUAGGAGUAUUCUCCAGUCCAAUUACAGCUCGUGACGCUCUGGGUAGUAAACAUACCAUGGUGAAAAUCCGGCCCCUGUCACAGGCCACAAGAGCGGCCAAGGCCAAAGCUAGAGCUUAUUCCGAGCUCCUCCAGCCAGCAAAGGAACGUCCUGAGACUUCAGCAGCCCUAGCCAGAAGGUUAGUCAUCAGUGCCCUUGGGGUUCGAAGUAAACAGAGCAAAACAGAAAGGGAAGCAGAGCUCAAGAAACUGCAGGAAGCCCGAGAGAGAAAGCGACUGGAAGCCAAGCAACGGGAAGACGUCUGGGAAGGCAGAGACCAGUCUGCGGUUUGAACAGCACGCAAAGAAACGGAUAGUUCCAAGAAUUCAGAAAUUAUUUCCGUAGUCUUAGGAGGAUCCUUCUAGAGUUCUGUGUACAUGCAGAAGUGCAUGUUAAUGAAAGAAAGAGAUAAAGCCAUCAGGGCGCGCACUGCCUGGAUGUAGAAAGAGGAUGGACUCCUGUCCGUCUUUGCUUCUAACUGCAGUUGUUUGGAACUGCCUUACUGUGUUGGGCAUGGAAGGGAGCCGUCAGCUAGGAAGCUGACUUGUGGCAACUUGGAUGUGACUUCCAAGAGUCGUCUGGGCGUGGCAAGUCCCACUGUCAGCAUGGCUCACGUGUCUAAGAUGUUUGAAGCAGAUAUAAAACAGAGGAUUCAAACCUGCCAUGAAGGGAGAUUCCGUCCCUGAAAGGCAGGGUGUUCUUUCGGGCCUCACAGAGCCGAGGGGUGGAGGAGGGAACAGUUAGUAGAGAGAUGGAACAGUGUUUGACGUACUUGGUGCUCACAGAAUCCACACUGUCACUUCCAGAACUCUGGAGCUGGUGAGCGGCAGCAGCUGUAGGUGUUUGGGCUCCAGAGUGCGCACUGAGCCAGGCACCCGGGGCACCACUGCGCCGCAGCACCGGGCAUGCCCACUUCAGUCCCCUGGGAAGCCAGCCGUGGGAGCUGGGUGCUAGUCCCAGCGGGAGCGGCACUGCCAUGUUGUGAGAGGGAGACAUUAAAGCUCACUUGAUGACCUGUA